AUGUUCAAUUAUGGACUACUGCGCUGCUUCAAGCCACGUAGUUUGGUUCGAAGCACGCGGCUUCACUCAUCCCAAUAUGUCUCUGGUAUUGCAAACAGAGCUGUAGCCGCAUCGCGGAUGAAUUUCAGUCAGAAGAGUGCAGUAAGGAGGCCACAGAAGCAGUUUGAAGAGCUCUCAAAAAAUACAGACUUUUUACAUACGCAGAACAUUCUUUUGCAAAAAAACCAGCAACGUCUUAGCAAGCAGAAACUGCUUUCAGAAGCCACCAGUUUUUAUGAGAGAUCCAAGAUCAAGACUAAAUGGGUCUUAAUUCGUGGGAACCGACCAUUUAGUAUCGACGAAAUAAGUACACUCUUCUCAUGGCUAGUCAUAUCGCAGAUUGUGUGGGUUGUUUUGGGCACCACGACGUUUGUGUCCCUCGUUCUGUUAACCUUCAAUACCGUCUUUGCGAAAGAGGUGGUGGGACAGAUGGUGGGACGUUUGCUCAACGGAUACAUAGAUGGCGUUAACGUCCACUUUCAAGACGCGUUGGUUCCCGAAUGGAAACGGGGAUGUAUCAGUUUCAAACAAGUCCAGCUCAGGACAACAGAAGAAGGUCCCCAAAAGGGUGCUCAGUUCACAGCAAAGUUGAAAUUCAACCUCACAUUCAAUCAGAUCGAUAUAACUCUGUCAUUCACCAAGUGGUUGCGCGGCCAUGGCCUCAUAAACGAUCUGUCUGUUUAUGGGAUGAAGGGCGAGGCGUCCGUGGACGAUGGCAAGGAAUACGAUAAUCUUAUUAAUUGGUUCUCCAAUCCAAGGUAUCGCAUAGGAAGACUCAAGAUUCGAGAUUCCCGCAUCAAUAUUCAGGACGAGAGUUUAGACCAUAAUUACCGCCUUUCCAUAUACAACAUGGAUUUGCCCCAAUUUAGGCUCAAAUGGGCUUUGGUAGACCUUUUCAAUGCCAACGUAAUGACUGGUGCUGUCAACCAUUCGUUAUUCACAAUUCACAAGCGACAACACAAGCUGGCCUAUCUUCAGGAUUUUGAGCAUGACAUGGCGCCUUGGAAGCGUAUAACAAGAUUGAGAUUGGACGAAAUUUCCGUGAAAGAUCUGGGUCUUGACAAAAGUAAGGCUUUUAAUUGGGUAGAGGACGGACAAGUGGAGAUAAUUGCAGAUUUCAUGCUGCCCGAUGUCGCGGACGUCAAAGACAGCACUGCUGAAUAUGAAAACAAAUAUGUUGUCAUGGAUCUCAAGUUUAAGUUCAAGGAUUUGAUGGCACGCAGUCCGUCCGAGGAGCCGAAGUUAGCUAAUGGAGAUCUCAUUGCUACUUUAGAGGAACUAAGACCACUUAUUGCAUUUGUCAACAAUCAAAGAGGACUUUUUCAUUCCUUCAUGAACAUACAAAACUCUAACGCUGCAUGGAACAGCAUUCCCAACGUCUCCAUUAAGAAGAGUAGGUCAUAUCCAGACACAACGGUCAUACCAUCGAAUAUAAAAUGGCCGUCGUUCGAGGACGCUGACAGACCGAGUCAAGAAAUCAUAAAGUACCACGAUCAGCCCAAUCACAACAACAAUGAGAUUGUUGUCAAAUCCCGGAUUGUAAAAAACAUCGACGACUUAAGGGAUAUGGCACUCUUCAGGGAAACGGGCAUUUAUGAUACUCUUUGCAUGGAAAUACAUGUUGACUUGAUGAGAAUGGUUGAAGAAUGGGAACAUAAGAAAAAAAGCGAUUGGGUAAAAGUAUGGGGGACCACAGUCGCUUCGCAGUUAAUGAUUUUGGGCCUUGGUGCCAUGGUUUGA